AUGAAAAAUUAAAUUUUAAAUGACUUUUGAAUGUUAAAUUAUAUUCAUUGUAGUGCAUUUAUAGAUUUAUAAAUACAAUAUUCAAAAGCUGUACUGGAUUUGUUGAAAGCUGAAGCAAGUAAUGCAAAACUCUCUGUAAUUCCCAUAGUUGGGAUGGGAGGUGUUGGAAAGACGACUCUUACUCAACUUAUCUAUAGUGAUGGUAUUUUGCAAUUUGAUUUGAAAGCUUGGGUUUCCAUUGGUGAAGAUUUUGAUGGUUAUAGGGUAUCUGAAACAAUUCUCAAGGAGGAGGGUGGUGGUGAUGCUAAAGAUUUCAGUUCAGUUCAGGAGAAGCUAAAGGAGAAGUUGUUUGGAAAGAAGUUUCUGAUCAGUUUAGAUGAUGUUUGGACAGAGGACUAUGAAAAAUGGACUUGUUUUCGUGCUCCUUUUGUAUUUGGGGCACCUGGAAGUACACUUAUUGUGACAAGUCGUAGCAGAGAAGUUGCAAGGAUAAUGGGAACUGUUCAUGCUCAUGCUCUUGAGGAGUUAUUCUUCACCGAUUGCUUGUCUGUAUUUGCUCAGCAUGCACUGGGAGCGAAAAAUUUUGACCAACACUUGGAUUUGGAAGAAAUGGGAAAAGAAAUUGUUAGAAGAUGUAAAGGACUCCCCUUGGCAGCUAAGGCCCUUGGGGGUCUGUUGCGAGGUAAGCCGAAUACUACUGAGUGGCAGAAUGUGUUAAAGAGUGAGAUUUGAAAUUUUUCCGUGGAGAAAUACGU